AUGGAGUCUGCCGCCCCUGCCGUCGAGAAGAAUGUCUAUGCUUUGUCGCCGAGGGAUGUCGAGUACUUGCAAAAGCAUUUGAAGCUGGAACGUAUAACGGGUGAGCUGCGACCAGCUCCCAACGAUGAAACCGUUGCUUUUUCGUCCUCAGGAGAACGGCCACGUCGUCUACGUUCCGUCACACUCUCAGGACAAUCAGACCACCAACGAGCCAAAGCUAUAGACCACCUGCGGGACAAAAUCAGCAAAUGGGCGCGAUGCACCCACCGCAGCCUCAUCACUGUCCUUGGGCUAUACAUCAGCCCCGGGGAGGUGCCCAUCCUGCGGCUAGUCUCCGCCGGCCCAGAGUUGAGCGUCCUGGAGUACUCACUGCAUCUCCCAAAAGAGGACGUCGCUGCAUACCGGGUACAAGCUUGCAAAGACAUCGCAGCGGGGAUCGAUUACCUGCACGCGCGGAGCCUCGUGCACGGUGCGAUACGAGCAUCGAAUAUUCUUGUCAAGGAAGGCGGGGCGUGCUGUCUUGGCGAGUUCUCGUCGGAGGACGUGCCCAGCCAACACACCCUGACUACGUAUGCGAGCUGGAUGGCGCCUGAGAUUGCGAGUUAUAAAUCGUUCCAUAAUUUAGUCGUGGACCACUAUCGCCGGGAGGGAUAUUAUGGUGAGUAUAGGACGGAUAGCGACAUGUUCGCGUUUGGGUGCACGAUGUAUGAGCUCUACAUGGGAAGGCCGCCUCCGCCAAUACGCAUCCCGUAUCACAAAGUCAAGGAUUUCUACGGUCUGACGCAGCUGUUCCGGACAUCGACAGAGGAGGAGCAGAAGUUGAUUCCUCCACGAAUGCUGAAGGAUAUCACCCUCCUUUUGGGGUACGUCCCAGCCGCACGACCGAAUGCAACGAUUGUAAGAGAUUGGCUGGACAAUCCGAGUCUGCCUAGACGAAGGGGCGGCACUCCCAUCUUAGCCAAAGACGACGCGCGCAAGCUCGCCCGUUCGCUCUCCCAAACUAAAAUAUAG